AUGGUUGCGGGAUUUAACAUGUAACAUUCAGCUAUUGUAAGGUUUAGGAUUUUACAUACUUAAUGAAAAACUGAAUGUCUUAUAAUUAAUAUUCAAUCUAUUCACAGGGAAUGGAUCAUACAUAUAGUGAAUAAAUAGCUUUUCAAUAGCAGAACAAUUCACAUUAUCUAUUUCAAAAUGGCAACUUCUAUAGGUUCAGUUCAUAACAGUUCAGAUUUAGUGAAGGACUAUGUUUGUGAUGCUUGCGAAAGUAAAAAUAUUCAAGGAAUUGCUGAUUAUUUCUGUGCAAUAUGUUUGAAGUUUUUUUGCGGAAAGUGCAUUUAUCAACACGAUCAGUUAUAUGCAAAUCAUUCAAAGUAUGGAAGAGAAGAAACAAAUAAAUGGCCUCUCACAAAGGCAGUGGAGGAUUUGCUUCUUAAAUGUAAUGUCCACAAAGACAACAAACUGAAAAUGUUCUGCCAGGAUCACAGUCAGCUGUGUUGCACUGAUUGUGCUUUUCUGAACCACAGACAGUGCACUGAUGUAGCACUAAUUUCUGACUCAGUCAAAAAGAUGUCAGUGGACAUGCAACAGUUGUCAAACAAUCUUCACACUAUUCUUGAUGAGCUAAAUAAGUUCAAAAGAGCUCGAGAGGCCAGCAUUCAGUCUGUGGAGGUAUCGUGGAGUGAAAAACUACAAGAAAUCCGAGACCUCCGAAAGAAAUUAAAUGCUGCUCUGGAUGAAUUAGAAAAAACAACCUUGAAAGAACUGGAUGAAAUAAGAACCAGAUUGCAAGCCUCUCUCAAGAAAGAUGUUGAUGACUGCACCAGACUAAAGGAUGAACUGAAACAACUCAGUGAAGCUGUAAAUGCCCUUUGUGAUAAGAGCAAGACAGAAAUUGAGUUCGUAGCCCGCAGAAAAUGUCUGGACAAAAUACAGGAGUUUGAGGCAUAUCUGAAGGAAAACCCUGUGAAGUUGCAGAGGUCACUCAUAUUCCAAGCAAACAUUGACAUUGAGCAGUACCUGUCUCAACAGUCUAGUCUGGGGAGAAUUGUUGACCGUAUGAAGUCUCUCACAGUAAAGAUGAAUCCAGACCAGGGGAUGACUGUGAAGAGAAAAUUGGAGUAUAGUGUGAGAAUAUCAAGUGAUACGAAUCAGACUUGCCACAUUACUGGCAUUUGCUGCCUGCCUAGUGGCCAGGUCAUUGUCACAGAUAACACUAAUAACAAAGUGAAGCUAUUGGACCAGCAUUACACUGUUUCCAGUCACUGUGAUGUGUCUGGUGUUCCAGGGGAUGCUUGUCAAAUCACAGCCAGUGAGGUGGCUGUAACUGUUAAUAGAGAUGUACAGUUUAUCUCUGUGAGAAAUGGGCAGCUGAUGAAUGGGAAGAAGUUCCAGUUAUUGCAAGAAUCUUGUGGUAUUGCCUUCCAUCAAGGAUCAUUGUAUGUCACUUCUGGCACUACUCUAUAUUGCUACACUCUUACAGGAUCACUUGUGAAAACGCUUUUUGAGGAUGCAAGUGGCUCUUAUACAGUGUUAAAGUGUGCUGUGAGUCCUGCUGGGGACAGGAUCUAUGUCACCAACUACGACCAGCACAAGCUCAUCACUCUGGCUACAGAUCGCAACCUGAUAUCCACCUUUACGGAUCCUGAACUACAAGGGGCAUGGGAUGUGCAUGUAACACUUUCAGGACAAGUGCUUGUCUGCGGAUGCAUCUCCAAUACUGUCAUACAGGUGGAUCAUGAGGGCAAAAAGAAACUGGCAACUCUGGUGUCAUCCAACGAUGGAGUAAGGAACCCAAUGUCUGUCUGCUACAACACCAAGACUGACAAGAUCAUUGUGGGACUAAAUAAUUCCAAUAAAAUCAAUGUUAUGGAAUUGCAUUAGCUCUUUUAGUGGACAAAAUACAUCGAUAUAAACACGGUUAUAUGUGUUAUUUCCAUGUUUUCUUUCGAAUGGCAAAUUUAGUCAUAGAACUUUGUUAUGCACCCCAUAUCAAAUAUUAUUAACUAAUAAUUUUCUGAAAGUUGAAAUGUUGUUUAAUAAUAUUGUUGAUUAUAAUUUUGAGAUGUUGUUUA